ACCUGGGGGCAGGUAAUAAAGCAGGAGGGAGAUGGAUAGAUGGGAGGGCGGGGAGCCACGUGGUGCCAUAAAGCCGUGCAGGGAGUGUCCAGCCCCAGGAGCAAACCGUCAGGGUGGACCCACAGCCAAAGCGCCGGGGUCCAGGGGUAGGCCAUGUUUCGUGGAGCACCAGGGCUAGGUCUCCGAGGCCUCAAGGGUGUUGAAGGCACUGUGGAGGACUUGGGGGGCUCCUGCCCGGAGGCUGCGAGGAAUUUGGGGGUGCUGAAGGAGAACGGCGCCCCCCGCGGGUUGGGCGAGGCAGAGGAGACGGCGAGCAGAAAGCGCGCCCGGCCGGUGCGCUCCAAGGCCCGGCGCAUGGCCGCCAACGUGCGGGAGCGCAAGCGCAUCCUGGACUACAACGAGGCUUUCAACGCGCUACGCCGGGCGCUGCGGCACGACCUGGGCGGCAAGAGGCUCUCCAAGAUCGCCACGCUGCGCAGGGCCAUCCACCGCAUCACGGCGCUCUCGCUCGUCCUGCGCGCCAGCCCAGCCCCUCGGUGGCCGUGCGGCCACCUGGAGUGUCACAGCCAGGCGGCGCGCAGCGCGGGCGCGCGGGACGGCGACUCCAGCCCUCCGCGCCCCCCGCCGCCGUCCGCAGGGCCCAGCCUCGCGCCCCCGGACUCCGCCGGCUCCUUCGUGCCUCCCGCGCUGCGCUGCGCCCAGUGCUCUGCGCACACGCAUCCGGCGCGGCCCCGGGCGGUGGCCGAGGCACAAGGCUUGGCCCAGGCCUCCGGGGGAAGCUGGCGCCGCUGUUCCGGGGCGCUCGCAACCGGCCCACUUCCCUGGCCGCGGGGCUAUCUUCGAACCAGCCCUGGGCUGGGCUGCCAGCACUCCUGACCCAGCCAUCAAGCACAGGCAGACCUUGCCGGAGGAUCACCAAGCGGAAGGCUGCAGAAAGCCUCUUGGAAAGAACAAAACGGAAUGGGCUGCGACCUAGGGAGAGAGGAGGCUGCCGUGGCAGCGGGAAGGGACUCUGGGACUGCAGCCACUCGCCACAUCCCCUAUGGGUUGACACCUCUGAGAAAUGAGCAGGUUCUUGCCUGAUUUUAAGUUUGGAUUUGUUGGACUCUUUCUGGAAAGUGGCCUUUCUAUUCCAGUGCCUCUGGGCUCUGUUUUCUGUAGCUGCUUUUGGGGGCUUGUGUGGGAGUAGAGGUGGGCACCGGCUAUGUACAGCCUGAUGGCAGUGUGGGCGCCACCAUGCUUUGCCCACGCUGCUGUCCCAGAUCUCAUCUGGAAGCAGCAGGCAGAAGGAGCCAAAUAAAAAGGAAAAUCGUCA